CUCACACCUCUCUUCUUCUCAUAAAAAAAGACCCCUAAGGCCCCGAUCCUGCCGCUAUCCCCUUCGCAGUCGACAAUCGUCGCUACAGGCCGGUUAGGGUUUGGGGCGCCGCCUGUCCAAACUGUGUCGGCGGCGUCCAUCACCCUUCCUCAGAUCCAUCGUUGACCUAGUUCCUCCUCAGGUCUGUCGUUGCCGACAUCCCUCCCCAGCCGUCGCCGACCGUACCCUCCUUCAGGGCGCCGCCGGUCCUGCUACUCGUCCAGGCCGUGAAGCUCCGCCCCUCCCGCGUCCCCGUCUGGAUCCGCGCUGCACCACCCCGAGAUGGCACCACUGCAAGCACGGCUCCACGAUCAGAUCAAAGAUAGCAUGGUUUUGAUCAACAUCAAGCCACCCAAAAAAGCAUCAGUAGGAAAAAAUAAAAAUGAUAAAGGGAUUUUUGUUAUGGGUACUAUUAUUGUUCUACAACCCUACUUUAUGUAUGUUGUGGCGGAUCCUGCUUCUUUUCAUGGAGAAGGUCAAUUGAAGCUCCUGAUUGACUGUCUUGAGGGAACAAAGCUGGAACUUACUAGACCGCAGAUACAUUUGACUGAAGGUAUUGCUGGGAUCCGCUGUCCCAACCCUGGUGGGUACAACACACAACUCAUGAGGGCAGUUCCUUUAUGUCGAAGUGUCAUUGCAAAGCGCCAGCGCGUCCAUCUCUUCAGUCCGGAACAGAUGCUGCUCACUUCUGGUACAGUAAUGGGAGUCAGUGGCCCGACUUUCCAGCAUAAUUGCUCUACGCUCGAAUCGUCGUCGCUUGGGGCACCCGUUGUUAAUGACAAUGGUCAUCUGGUUGGGAUAUGUAACGAUUUCAGAAAUGAUUACCUUGAGGCUAUAAGCACUCAUGCAAUUGCGUCUGAAAUUGAGAUGGCCCAAGGAAGGGAAUACAUAGGCAUUGGCCAGAUGUUGGAUCAUUUGCAAAGCUAGAACAGGCUAAAGUUAUCAAGUAUCGCCAAGAGAAGAUAGAAAUAGAAGUCCUAGUGAUUGUGUGUGGGAACAACUUUCAGCUUCAAAGCGUCCAUUUUUGGUUAUGUUUAGUUAGAAUUGUGGCUGUUACUAAUGGUUUGAGUUGUCUAAAACAUUUCAUACUGUUGAAUGGUGCCUUUGUUUUUAGUUCUAUUGAAUGAUAACUUGUAUGCUAUAUUCUUGGGGUGUAAGUUGCUUUUAUGUUACAUUAAUGAGGUUUGAGUCGCUUUUA